AUGUCCUUAAUACAACUCCAACCCCAUCCCUUUACCUCCAUCCCUACCCACCCCUCCCUCUCCACCGAUCCAUCUCGCCCAGACCUACACCACUACAUCAACACCGCUCUCCACGAAGCUCUCGAACUUCUCGACUCCAUCCCGUCCACCUUCACCGCAGACCCCAAACCACGCCCGUCUCCACCAUCGCAAGCCAAAGUCAAGCUUCUACGCGGAUGGCGCAAGCCCUCCGAGCCACAUGCCAGCAACCAGGGCAGAGCAAAAGACAAAUCUGAGUUUUGGGUCAGUCGGCAAAGCGAGCACGUCGAUGAGGCGUCUAAGGGGACCGCGUCAUGGCGUGAGUUCGAGGCAGGAUUGAGAUCGGAGCAUGCCGAGCAUGAGAUGGAGUAUACGCCGAGCGUUUCUGCGGUGGAGAGAUUGUUGGAGUGGGCGCCAGCGGAGAUUGGGGAGGUGGAGGUGGAUGGGAUCAUGUUUAGGGGUUUGAGUAUGGAAGUGAAUCUGAUAACUCAUACUUUCCACCCAUCCGCCUUGAUAGCGCCGCGCAGCUUUAUCUCCCUGACCAUCUCCGCUGCAUACGACAGCCAGCCCCAAGAAGAGCACUCUUCCUCCCGACAGGGCUUCCUGACCGUUCAAAUACCCCUACACCCAGCAGCAUCGUCCACCCCGCAAGCCCUGCACCAGAAAAUCUCCGCGUCUGUGCCAAAGCGCGCGAUCUUCGCCAACUACGCUAGCAUUGAGCGCGUGGAGCUUCUACCAGCAGCCAGUCCCACGGGCCAGCCUUCCAUCGAGAAGUCCCGUAUUAAAUGGACGAUGGCAACUACUUCUGAUGCUGGAGGCUCGAUUCCGCAGUGGGUCCAGCGGAGUUGGGCGCUGGGCGGAGUGCCGCGUGCUGUGGUUGCGGAUGUGGGGUUGUUUAUUGGGUGGACGAUGCGGCGGAGGCAGGCUGCUUAG